AUGGCGCUGGGGCGGUGGAUUUCGCUGCUGUCGCUCCCAGCCACCUGGGCGGCCUGGGUGAGUCUGAGCGACCUGCAAGGUGACCUCUCACCCGAUCCAGUGGAGAAGGCGGAGGCUUCGCCGCCUUCGCCUGCGCCGGAGGUGUUAGAAGCCACCGAGUUCCUCCAGCGGCACUCGCGUGAGCUCGAAGAGAAUCACGUGAACCUCUCGGCCUUGUUGUCGCUGGAGCGCUUGGAUCCCAACGAUCCCAACACGCCGAAAGGGCCCACCCAGGAGGAGCUGGCUGAGGUGGACCAAGCCUCCGGUGGGCGCUCCAGAGCCAUUUUGGCCAAGGCCUUUGCCUUGGCCAAGCGCAUCCGGAGCCAUGAGGGGAACUUGGUGGCCAGUGUAGUGAAUGUGGUGAAUCCCGACAACUGCUUGACGAAGCUCCUCUACUUGCUUUACAGAUUUGAGAAGGAGGAUGACUUCCCAUAUCUGCCCAGAAAGCUUGGAAGUUGUGACAUUGGCUUCAACUUUCAGAUGGGCGAAGUGACGGGCCGUCAGAAGAGGCGUGAACAUCUCAGCCUCCAUCACCACGCCGAUGUGCGCCUCGCUACCGCAGACCUGCGCUGUGUAGGCUUUGCACCGUCGUACAGCGGAGUGGUACCAGCACCACAUCCUUCUGAUGGUCUCUACUGGUUGGGUCUCCGCCAUGGCCGCAUGGGCCGCCCGGGCUUGUCACACGCCCGGCGCUUGCGCCGCGCGUGGCGCUUGGGCUCCCAACAGGGAGCUGAGAGUGUGUGGAGCCCAGGAGGGCGCGGCGAGGCGAAGGAGAACGGCGCGGGAGCGGUGCGCCUCCUCUUCGCCCAGGAAGAGCUCCAAGCCUUGGGAUCCUCUGAAGAGACCCAGUGGCGCGAGGCCCUGAGGCACUUGCGCGAGGCCAAGCCGCUGGAGGUCCGCUACUGGGGCGCUGGCAUCGGGGCAUGUGCGCGUCAUCAUUUGUGGACCUUGGCGCUGCAGCUGCUGGUGGAGAUGCGGCAGAAGGAGGCUGUUCAACCGAAUAUCGUGUGCUUCAACGCUGCGAUGGCCGCCUGCGAGCGGGCCUUUGCCUGGACGCAGGCGCUGGAGCUUUUCUCCCAAGCUUUUGAGCUCAAGAUGGCGAAUGUGGUGAGCUUCAGCACGGCCGUCAUGGCCGCUCGCUCCGGGUCCCACGGCUGGCAGGCAGCUUUGCAUUUAUUGCAGCUCUCUCUCCAAGGUGGCCAUGCAAAUGCCUUUGUCUUCACCGCAGCCAUCCAGGCGUGCGGUCUGGGCAGUUGGCGCCACGCCUUGGGAGUGCUGGAGGCCAUGCGAGGCCUGUCCUCUGUGCAGGUGGAUUCGACCGCCCUCAAUGCCUGCGUGACCGCCUGCGAGCGGGCCGAGGGCUGGGCACAGGCCGUAGAGCUCUUUGAGGCCAUGGAGAGCUUCCAGGUCUCCAAGGAGGUCAUCAGUUUCAACGCGGCCAUCGCUGCAUGGCGUGGCCACUGGCCACAAGCCUUGCGGCUGAUGAAGGAGCUCAGGUCGGCGGCUCUGGUGCCCAGUGUUGUGACCUGGAAUUCCUGCAUCUCUGCUGCUGAGAAGGCCUCGGAGUGGCAGAUGGCUCUGCAGAUGCUGCAGGAGCUCAAGGACGAGGGCCGCCCCAGCGUGGUCUCCUUCAACGCCGUUCUGAGCGCCUGUGAGCGCCGCGGAGCUUGGCGCUGGGCGCUUCAGGUGCUCGAGGACAUGCCCAGAUCAGCCGUGAAGCCGGAUGCAGGAAGCUAUGGUGCUGUGCUCACGGCCGUGGGCCGCGAGGCGGUUUGGUGGGAGACUGCCUUGGAGCUGCUCCAGCAGGCCUGGGAUUCCGCGCGGGACUCCUCGAUGUCGAGGAAGGAGUUGCUGGAACGCGCCAUUGUCGCUGUGAUGCGCGCCGGACGCUUGCCGGAGGCUGUGUGCCUUUACCGGGAAGCCCAAGUGUUGGGAUUGUGUGCGCCUUCGCGGGGUCCCGACCUGCUGGACCCGCGGACCGUCUGCUUUGGUGGACUCUUUCGCGGGGGGAUGGAACCAAUUUCCUCCUCGGCUUGGGCGACUGCAGACCUUGCCCAUUUGAAUCCAUUGGCCUCCGUUUUUUGCUGUUCCGGAUUUUGUCUUUGUCUGGUGGCCUUGAACGGGAUCUGGUUCCCAUCAGAAGUCUCCCAUGGCCAUGAGCUCGCUCCGCACUCGCUCCGCACGAACCCACCCCCACCCCCGUCCACCACGCUCGCCACGCGGUUCAGCGGGGUGUUCGACCCCGGCAGUUGCCCUGCCCCCCUCCAAAAAGCCGCCCUCCGUCGAGACCGGAAGGCCCGGCUCGGACGGGGGAAGGACCUGCACGACUUGGCCUUGGAGGCCGCCCUGGCGGCCGUGUGCGAGCGGCUCCUGGCGGGGGUGGACACAGGCGAGUUGGUCCUCAUCACCGGGCGAGCGUCGCAUAGCCGAGAAGGCAGCGCUUCGAUGAAGGAGGCCUUGGUUCACUUCUUAGACUCCGAGCUUGGCCUUGCCACCGGCGAGGUGCCCGGGAAUCCAGGCCGCCUCCAUGUCUCGCUGCCCGUGGAGUUCCAGGGGCCGGGCCGGCUGCAGCAGCGAGAAAGGAAGAGCCAAAAGAAGUGCGGCCGUCACCCCUCGCUGGGCAGCUAG